UCCUUUAGUAUAAGCCGGCCGACCCCCAUCGAAAGGCUGCUGUUGCACCGUCUCACAAUAUUUCCAAAUGGCCGACUCGACGCUGCACGUUUCUAGGUGACCGUGCCGGUUGCCAAGAUGUGCCCGCCGUGAUAUUCGACUCCUUUCGAGGGGCCGUUGUGCCCGCGUCUGAUCGUGCAUCUGCCGGCCGGCCGGCUUCUGUUUAAGAGGCCGUCCGUGUGUCUCCCCGCUGCGCUGUGUCCAUAGUUGUUGCCAAAGAUAUGUGUACCGCAACAGACGCGCGCGCCGCGUUUGCGUGGUUGAUGUGCGUGACAGUUGUUCUGUGCCGGGCCGAUACUGCUUCGGACGACAACGUCCGAAAUGGGAUCAUUGCCGGUCCUGCCGGAGCAGCGGCAGACGACGAAACGGCGGGAGAAACACGGAGACGGUGGAUUCGAGAGGCGCUUGACAACGAUGUCGCGGAGUACCGCUUAUCACUUGUUCAGGAGUACACAGAGUCCUACGACAAGAGGACACCGCUCGGAGUCGACAGGCGGAGGAGGGCGUUGGACUUGGACGAUGAACCCCGCGCGGUGUGGAGCGACCCCGAAGGCGCCCUGACGAGGACGGCCGAGUGGUUUGUGCGAAAGCUGUGGAUGCCCAUGCAGGAGCUGGCCGGCAGCGGCGCCCUGUCGUCCAAGUGUGUGUCCGGCCUCCUGGCCGUCUACGGCGGGGUCCGCAGAGGACAGCUGUGGGCGUUGAAAUUCCUGGACGCCACAGGCAAGUUCCCGAGCGGUGUUCUCACGACGUCGUCUCCGUCAUCGGACCCUGGCUCGUACGACGAGUGCCUGGACAUCGGACACGGCGACCCCGAGAACUUGGCGCCCAGCGACCGGGCGCCCCCCGCCAUGGAAGGCCGAUACUGCAGCCUGCUGUGGGCCACCAGCGCCGCUUCCCUGGUUACGAAAAUCUCGGACAGCGAAGACGUCCAGAGGAAUGGCACCAAUACGUUGAAGAGGAUACGACAAGGCGUGUGUGUACCUUCGCAUUGCUCCGGGAGAGAGCUGGAAGCGCUCGUCGCGAAAGUGCUCAACGGGUCGAAUACGUCGGCCGCGGUGUCAGCGUGUCGCUCACGGAACGACUUCAGCAUCACCCAAGUGCAGCUGGCAGUCAUUUGCAUCUUCAUCGUCUGGAUCACAUUAAUUGCCAUCUCCACUCUGCUGCACUUCUACUGGGACAGGAGGGAGUCGUCAGCUAAAGAAAUCGCUGAUUCGUGCCACCGGAAGUUGACGGUGGCCAUUUCAGCCGUGACGAGCAUCAAGCGGCUGUUGCUGGUCAGACAGGAGAAGCACAUGGCCGCCGUGCAGCCGCUCAAGACGGUCAGCUUACUCUGGAUCGUCCUUGGAAUGACAUACCGAGCCAGACUACUCGAACAGGGCGAACACGAGGUGGACAGGCAAUGGCGGCACGGCACCCUCUACACCCUAGCCGCCAGCUCAGACCUCGCGUACACCACGGUGCUGCUGCUAAGCGGAUACGCAGCGGCCAACACUGUCCUCGAACUGCACAGGCUUAAAGUGGGCUUCUUCAGGAGACUUCUGGCAGUCCACUGUUUAAAAAACAGGCUGACGGCGUCUGCUCUGUUCACCCUGGGCGCGUUCGUGCUGUACCCUCUGUUCGUGGACGGUCCAGCCGCCGACCGGGUUCUGCCGCGGCUCGGCGACGUCUGCCGGCGGAGAUGGGGCUUUGUGGUCGUCCACCUCAACAACUUGCAGGGACACGACGACGUGUGCUACCAUCCGCUGUGGUACAUCUCCUGCGAGAUGCAGAUAUUCGUCGCCCUCUCCGGUAUCGUCGUUCUCAUAAGAAGGUUCAAGAGGACGACGUGCGUCUUCCUGACUUUCAUCGGCAUCGUCACACUUGCAGCGGUGUCUGCCACAGUCGGCGUCAGAGGCUACGAGCCACCCGUGGCCGUGAACAGCAGGGAAUCGGCGAGGACGCUUGGCGAGGUCGUGUACCUGCCAUUCCUGCACGCCCCGGCGUUCAUAAUCGGCGUGCUCUUCAACAACUGGAUAACCAGGGUGCGCACAAUGAGCAUCUCUAAGUGCGUCCGUGGUGUCUUCUGGCUUCUGUCGGCCGCUGCCUUGGUCUGGGGCGUCCUGUAUCCGUGCCUCUGGAAAUCCUGGGUCAUUGUCCCAACCGCGGCGGCCUCGGUUCUGUUCGUCGUGGGCCUUCGGCUCGCCUGGUGCGCGGCCAUCGCCUACGUGCUCUGGGCAGCCACUACAUGGAAAUCUGGACUGGUCCACGACGUUCUUGGCUGCCGUACCGUUGCCGCACUGGGCAGGCUUUCGCUGGGAGCCUACCUCUGCUCCUGGAUGAUCGUCAUGCACGGCGUGCUCUCGGCACGCAACAAUCUGGAGACUGCUCAAGCAUUUCUCAUUCGGGACUUUGUGGCCAACGUGGCUCUGAGCUACGCGGGCGCCCUGCUUUUCUAUGUGGCGUGCGACGGGCCGGCACAAUCCCUGUGCUCGCUUCUGCGCACCUUAGUGAUCGGCCGCGAGGCGGCGCGGCGGAGGCAGUCGUUCGACGAGUGCGACCGCAAGGUGCGCUUCCUCUCGGAGCUGUUGGGCAUGGAGUCGCCCAGGUGUGCCAAAGAACUGCAACACCCGCAGCACGUGUCGAGAACGCUGCAGAGGUUCUCGUCACUCAAGGACAUGGUGUUGCACCUGUGAGCAGCGGCCGAACGUUUGGUGCCAUCGGGUCUCGAGACUGUGAACAGUGUACCGCGGCCGCCUCAGGGCAAAACGUGCGUGCUUCCGAGCGCCAACCAUCAGACGCCUUUGCUAGACCUAUUCGAGCCAGUGUUGGUAACGUUGCGAGGGUGUUUCUAUCACCUUGAGGAGAAUUUUACCUUUUGAGGGGGUUCGUAGUAACGUUUUGGUGAUGUGAAUUGCGAUUAAGCUGUCCCGGUGGAAUUGCCCAAGGGAUUCAGGGAAGGUCUGUGGUAUGCGCCUCCAUUUGGUCGUUGUUUCUACAGAUAUACAAGAGAACCUAAUAAUCAGCAGUCUUUGUACAUCUAAGCCGCUCUACUCGUCGUAUCUGACACCGUUAUAGAAAAUCGAGGAUUUUUCAACUUCCCCAUAUUUCCAUCAGUGACUACAUUCCUCAGGAGGCACAUUAGAGCUGUAGCUUAAACGUGUGAUAAGAAAGAUGUCCUGCAAGAAAUCUUUGAAAAAGCUAGCCGGUAUCAUCUUUGUCUAGCGACUAUUCGAAGGAAAAUGAAGUAGCGCAACGGAAAGCUUACCGGUCAGUGUUAAUCACGAAAUGGUAACGCGGAAAAACGCCCUGAAACAUUCGUAAUCAAUUUUUUUUUAUCUGCGGUGACUUUGAAGUUGUAUGCGCACAACGCAUGCUGCAAACAGUGGGAGGUGAGCGCGAGGGCAGUUCGCGUGCCUGUGCCCGGUGGUUUGCUGCGCAUGCGUGCGCUCCGCGCACGCAUGCGCACGCACGGCUCGGCAUGUUCCACUAGUUUCCGCGAAGGCAGCGCGGCUUCUCAGCGUGCAACUCGUUUUACCUCCCAAGCGGCACAGAAUAGAGUAAGAACUGGCAAUAAUAUAAAUAGUCCAGGAGGAGGAGGAGGAAAAGAAAAACGGAAUAGUCCUAUUUUGAGCACUGAUUAUGAUGCGUACCAAGCAUAAGACUCCACGUGCAGCACAGUAAACGACUCCGUAAACAUACUUUAAGGCACUUCCGCUAGGCUGCACGAAAUACUGAUUUUUGUGACUUGUAAACCUCAUUUAAAAAUAUAAAUCAUACUCAGAUCGCGAAAAGGUUGCUUGAAUCUGCCACUAUAAUUCACUUUUCUUUUUUCAUUUCCAUACGGAUCUAAUCACACGCUCUGGCUAGUUGUCGGUCCCUUUGAGAUCAAGACUUGUCGACCACGCCCGAGAAACGUUACCAGCACUGACUCGAGUUCCCGUGACGUGUCUUACGGCCCCGGUGUCGAAAGAGUGACAGCCAACAGCCGUGUUGCUGCCGACGGACCUGUGUGCCAGCAAACUGCGGCGUCAUUAACGCUGACCGCCGGCGUGUGUGACGUGGGACGUCGCCUGUUGCCCUGCCUUCGUGGAGGAACACUAUGCCAUCGACGAAUGCGCCGUGUGUAAUGACACUGUUACCGAUGGCUACUACCACAUAUCGCAGACCUUCGCUCCUGUGCAGCCAAGACUCUCAAAUGGCACGGAGCGAACUCGCGCGCGCUGGCGGUAGCCAGUGAGUGAUAAACAAAAUAAUGUUGGUACCAAACACGCACAUUAGUGAUUUAUUGAUACCAUCUACGUCCUUGUUCCUUGUGGUGUCGACACGUCGCGGCGCCAACGUAAAUCAACACUCCUCCAUGCUUUAGGCAUUGUGCCCCUUCGACGACGAUCGAAAAGCCACUUUGUGGGUUGUGAUUAGGGGCGUGCGAAUAGUGAAUUUUAGAACCGAAUCCAAUACGAAUCGA